AGCUGGUGUCGUUUGUUUUCUGCCCCGUCAAACCGGUGUGUAAACACCGCGGAGCGGAGCCAGCGAGACGAGCCGCCGCUACUGGACCGCCACUAUUACUGAAUAUUUAUUGAAUAACGGUGAAUGGGAAAGCUCCUGUAACCGGAGGGGUCCAGAGGAAAGGCGGGUUAUUUCGUCGUUGAGAAGACGGAGACGGCUAUUCGGUGCGACCAUGGCGGCGGUGACCGUUGUGGAGGCGGAUCCGGCGGCGAGCGAAGGUGGCACCGACUUCAUCGGGGUCCAGAACCCGGAGUGGGACGAGUCUCAGCUCCGAAAAUAUGCCUUCCCAACACAGCCUAUUCCCAGACUGUCCCACACGGACCCCAGAGCAGAGAUGCUAAUACACAACGAGCAACCAGUGGUUUUAACAGACACAAGCCUUGUGUAUCCAGCUCUUAAAUGGGACAUUGCAUACCUCCAGGAGAACAUUGGGAAUGGAGACUUUUCUGUUUACACUGCAGAAAACCACAAGUUCCUCUACUAUGACGAGAAAAAAAUGGCCAAUUUUGAGAACUUUGUCCCCAAGUCUAAACGAAUGGAAAUGAAAUUCUCCGAAUUUGUGGAUAAAAUGCAUAUAACGCAGGAAAUGGGCGGAGAGGAGAGGGUGUAUCUGCAGCAGACCCUAAAUGACACGGUAGGGAAGAAGAUCGUUGUCGACUUCCUCGGUUUCAACUGGAACUGGAUCAACAAGCAGCAAGCCAAGAGGAACUGGGGACAGCUGACAUCCAACCUGCUGUUGAUAGGAAUGGAGGGCAAUGUGACACCGGCACAUUACGACGAGCAGCAGAACUUCUUUGCACAGAUUAAAGGCCAUAAGAGGUGCAUCCUCUUUCCUCCAGACCAGUUUGAGUGUCUCUAUCCAUAUCCUGUGCACCACCCCUGUGACAGACAGAGCCAAGUUGAUUUUGAUAACCCUGAUUACGAGAAAUUUCCCAAUUUUAAAAAUAUUGUUGGUUAUGAGGCUGUUGUGGGCCCAGGAGACGUGCUCUACAUCCCCAUGUAUUGGUGGCACCACAUUGAAUCGCUGCUAAACGGUGGAGUGACCAUCACCGUAAACUUCUGGUACAAAGGCGCGUCCACACCCAAGAAGAUAGAGUACCCGCUGCGAGCUCAUCAAAAGGUGGCCAUCAUGAGAAAUAUUGAGAAAAUGCUGGGAGAAGCCCUUGGAAACCCACAUGAGGUCGGACCUUUACUGAAGACCAUGAUCAGGGGGCGAUAUGAGCAGGAUCUCAGUUAAAGCCUCACCUUUCAGACUCUUGAUGCACGCUCUGAUGUCGGAGCGCCGCGUCACACGUCGACACCGUUCUGCUUCGUGGUCGUUGCAAAAACGCAACAAUCGGGGAAGAAACGUCCCGGCUCUCUGCUUGAAGAAGGUUUUUUUUUUUCUUUUUCUUGUCUUUGAGAAGAAAAGGCCUGAUUUGGCUUUAGUCCAGGUGUAUUUAUGUGAAUUAAGAGUUUUCUCUACAUAAUUCAAGCUAAUAGGUAUGUGGGUGCAUUUGCUCACCCAGCAGUCGGAGAUUGGUACCUCUUUGGAAUUUUGACCACUAACGGAGGAGUUGAAGGGUAUUACAUAUACAGGACACAUCGGUUACAUACAGAAGAUCUCUCCAACACAGCUGUGUGUUGAUUACUGAGUGAUCAUAAUGUAUUCUCCGCCUUCAUCACAAAGACUGCUUUAAAACGGAGGCGGCGCAGACCUCUAAAGACGACCGGACUUUCAAGUGUCUCCAAUAUAUCUAUCCACGUCAUCUGCAUCAUCUUCAGGACUAUCUGCAAUGGUUCGAGGGAGUGAUCAAUGCUCUGUUGCAAAGAGCAAAGUACAGGCCCGGUAUCAAAUUAUUUAAAAUCUGCAGCAUAAUAUGAUCAAAAUAUGAAUGGCUGCUCAUAUACAGCUGAAGGAAAAUGUGACUACUUGCAGCUUCAUCGUUUAACUGAGUGUUGCUGCUUUGUGUUUAUUUAUGUUCUUGCUUAUUUGAUUUUUUUUUACUGAAUGUGCUAUUUUGUUCACCAGUAAUAGGCAAGGGGGGCGGUGAUAAUGCCUUACAUUCUGCCAUCUCAGUUACAACCACAGUCAAGGUAAAGUAACAAAAACAGAGAGAAAGUGCUUUGGGAAACUGAAAAGAGAAAUAACUGGUGGUUUGUAAAAUAUAGAUUUAGGUUAAAUCACUGAACGGCUGGGAUGCUGUUGAUGUACCAUUGCAACUCAAUGCACCAUCUAGUGGUCAAGUUGUAUAAUGGUGUACAUAAAAUACAACUUUUUAAUGUGCUGGAAGGCAGCAAAUCAUAGAUAAUUUAACGCUUCAAUGGCUACAAAAGUUAAAUGCCAGAUGGAAACCUUGUACUUGGUGUUUUGAUCAAAACUCCUCAGAGGCGCAGUUAUUUUCACUUGCAUGCAGCCACGAUCUGAAGAACGUGGUGGUGUCAGUGUAUUUCAGAACGGUUGUAAAGAUGUACAUUAAACAAAAGGGCAAGAUGAUUUCACAUGUGCUGUAUGUGCCAAACCGAUGUGUACUAAACAUAUGGCGGGUACCUCCAUACCCAGAAGGCUGAGUUUGCAUGUGUCAUCAGAUGAAUUGGUAUAGGAAUAUCCAAGCUUUUAUUUUUCCUUCAGGGUUUGUUAUUAGGGUUGAACUUUUAAAUUGUUGACAUCAUGUUUGUACUUCUCUAGACCAUGAUGGAACAGACAAUUCCUCUGUAGAAAGACUUCUGGUAUAAGACGGCUGUUUCUUCCCCCUCCUCCAUUGCCAGGUUAGCUCCGUUUACGGCACGUUUGUGCCUCGCUUAACAAUGGCAUGGCACUUAAAUGUUUUAUUGACUUGAUUUAAAUUGUAUGGUCUAAAUGUUUUUCACUCUGGCCUUAAACAGCUUUAAACGGUGCGAUUAUCGAGGGUUCAUAGAAAUAGAGGCGUGUGUGUUUUAACUGAUGGAUUCCUGGUUUUUGUUUUAAACGAACAGUACAUGCUCUCCUUUAUCCUCUGAUUAAAGUUUGUUUGCCAAGCUGU